AUGUCCAUCAUGGAUAUCUCAAGAGACAAAUGGCACAAGCGCAGGGCCACAGGUGGCCGUAUGGCAGUACUGAGGAAGAAGAGAAAGUACGAACUCGGACGCCCACCAGCACACACCAAGCUCGGAGCCAAAAGAAUUCACACAGUGAGGACAAUGGGUGGAAAUAAGAAGUAUAAGGCUCUUCGACAGGAUCAUGGCAACUUCUCCUGGGGCGGUGAAGCAAUCACACGUAAGACACGUGUCAUUGAUGUGGUGUACAACCCGUCCAAUAAUGAGUUUGUGCGUACAAAGACACUGGUGAAGAAAAUUGAAAAAUAUGUUAGAAAAGGACUCUUUUUCACAUAA